AUUAGCCUAAAAAAAAUCUUCAGUCAGUUGAGAUGUAUUCUGUUCUAUCAUAACAAGUCUGAGAAAAUAACAGAGUCAUAAAUAUGUGUAAAAGUCAUAGCAAUUUUCCUAUUAUAAGUUUUUAAAAAUAUAUGUUUACCGAUUUGUAGAAUGACAUUGUUUCUCAUAAUUUUGUAUAGUUACUAAUUUUGAAUACAGACAUGGAAUGCUCCUUCAUUCUAUCAUAUAAAAUUCCCUAAUCUACAAAAUGAUAAUAUAAACUAAGCUACCAACUAGAAUUUCUCUUUCAUAAUCAAUCAAUUAUAAAUUUGGUGCGGUGCCUGUACUUCCUGGAACAAACCUCCAUCAAUCCAUAAAUAAUAUUCAGAUGGAUUAUAAAUACCCAACUGGCUAGUCUCUGCAAAGAGGAUUUUUAAGGUUUUAUCAGCUCUCCUUAUUUGUAGACUGCUAAAUAUUUGUAUUUUAAAAAAUGAAGUUAUUAGAUAAUUCAAUUGAAGUAACUGAGAAUAGCACAGAUAUCCCAUGGCAUAUUCACAGGGAAGAAGCUCAUAGUAUUUACUUAUCUGGUGCCAGAUCUAUUCAGUUUGUUAUGGUUAGUCUGUUUGCUGGAAUUGUUAUCUAUUUUGGUUCCAAGAAAUACCAUUAUCCAUUCACAGUUGGUUGCUUUCUUUUUGGAGUUGCAGUGGGAUUAUUAGAUGUGCACAGCCAAUUUGUAAGAAAUUUCACCUAUGUCAGCAGAAUGAACCCUAGUGAUAUGAUGCUUACUUUCUUACCAAUUUUAGUUUUUGAAUCUUCCUUUGGAAUGGAUGCUCAUAUGUUUUAUCGGGCACUGACACAAUGCAUUAUUCUAGCACUACCUGGAUUGUUAUUUUGUACUGCAUUAACAGGUAUUUAUGCCAAAUUUGUUCUGAAAUCUUAUAACUGGAGUUGGUUUACCGCUUUUCUGUUUGGUUCUAUAGUUAGUGCCACUGAUCCAGUAGCUGUAGUAGCUUUGCUAAAAGAAAUGCGAAUGCCACAUUCUUUUACAAUUCUAAUUGAAGGAGAAAGCUUAUUGAAUGAUGGAGUUGCAAUAGUACUAUAUGAAACACUCUCACAUCAUGUGUUUUCUGAUUCUGAUUUGAGUUUGGAGGAUUCUGCAAUCCAGCUAAUCAAAACAUGCAUUGGAGCUCCCAUCUUUGGCUACAUUUCUGCCAAAAUUGCAGAGAUUGUUCUUCUUACGAUUUAUAUCAGUCCUGUAUCUGAAAUGACUACAAUUCUGAUUCAAGCUUAUAUAACUUAUUUUGUUGCUGAAAGAUUUCUUGGAAUAUCUGCUGUGCUUGCUGUUGUUCUUUUUGGUGUAACUUUAAAUGCGAAUAGAAUGUGCAUUAGUCCUGAGAGUGAAAGUUUGAUCCAUACGGACUGGAGAUUGUUGUCUGUAUAUGCAAAUACUCUUAUAUUUGUGAUUGUUGGAAUUUUGAUUAGUGUUCAUCUUUCUUUACAUUAUGAUUCUAAAGAUACCUUACUGGUGCUUGCUACAUACAUCAUUCUAACUGUUUUAAGGGGAGUAAUGAUUGCAUUGUUCUACCCUCUCUUGAAAUGUACUGGCUAUGGAAUAACAUGGAAAGAGAGUAUUGUGUUAGCAUGGGGAGGAUUGAGAGGAGCUGUUGGUGCAGCUUUGGCAUUGAUGUUUGCUUCAAACCCAAAAGUUAAUAAAUCUGAAGACACCAGCAAGGUUUUGGUUCAAGUUUCAGGAAUUAUUAUUCUUACUUUGAUAAUAAAUGCAAAUACUGUAAAAUCUAUCAUGAAAUUAAUAAGAUUUAAAGAUGUGACUCUUGUGCAUCGUUUAUCUAUGGGAAAUGCAAUAGCCUGCGUCAGUGAAGUUAGAGAAAAAUCAAUUAGGAUAUGCAAAAAAGAUAGUAAAUAUCAAAAGGCGGAUUGGAUUUGGCUAUUACACAACACAAAAAUUCAUGAUCCUUAUAAAGGAGGUAUAUAUGGGGAUGAUCCUACAAUGUCUAGCCUUUUCAUUCCUUAUGGUUCUUGCGAUGAAUGCAUGUCAUCCCUUCUACCUUAUGCUCCAUCAGAGAAUGAAAUGGAGGAGCUAAAUGAAGCUGCUCGAAAGAAAGUUUUGAGAGCAAUGAAGGGUUUCUUUUGGAAACAGUUUCGUAAUGGAUUAAUUCAAAGGAGAGCUUUGAAAUUUUUAUCUAUGGUUGUGGAUAAUGCAUCUGAUAUUUCUGGGAAAUAUGUAAGAAGUCAUGAAUUGUCCUCAAGAUUCAAAAGGAUAAUACUCAUAAAUCGUUGGUUGGAAAAGAGUCUUUCCAAAUUAAUAGAGAAAAUUGAGCUCCAUGAGUCUACUUUUGAUAAAGAAAUACAACAGCUGCGUGUGAGACACCUUAAGGGAUUACGAAAAUAUUGUUCAUGGUUUUAUUUUAAGUGGUGGUUUGAACCUAUGAUUAUGACUGUUAUUUGUUUAAACAUUAUUCAGAUUAUUUUAGAUAUUUACUAUAUUGUUUUCAUGAAUAAAAAGGGACUUUUAAAGAUAAUGUCUGCCUUAUGUGCAACAUUUUCCUUGUUCUAUGUUUUGGAAAUAUCUAUUAAGAUAUUUGCUUUAAGAUUCCAUCGCUAUGUAAAGAAUCCCUGGAAUAUAUUUGAUUUAGUGUUAUCAUUGUUUGCUGUUCUCGAAGGAACUGCUGAUUUUGUUUUGAUGUCUUAUUAUUAUUCCCAUCAUCAAUGGAUUUCACAUUUUAGAAUUCUGAUCGCUUUAAGACUGUUGAGAGCUCUCCGUAUAUUAAGGAUUUUGCUUUAUAAUCUAUUGUCAUCUAUUAGAAAUUAUUAUUCAUCUGAGUUGUAUUAUGCCUAUGAUGUCAGCCGUGGUUUUCUAUUUGCUAAUGAAGCCGUUUUGAAAAAAAUUGAUGCUGUUGUUGAUUUUGGCCCAAGUGCUAAAGUACCUUUAUCUGUUUGUAAAGAGAAUGUUGAAGAGAUGCUUGAUAGUUUGAUUAAUUUUGAACAAGAGUUCCCAGGUGUUGCCCAUGCUUUGCAAUCAAAUCGUGCUGCUAGACGAAUUUUAAAUAGGCUCAGAAUAGUUCUGGAUCGCUUUACUGAAAAAUCAUUAAUUUUAAGAGAAGACAUGAAAGUCUUAAAACAGAUUCUUUUUGAAAUGACUAAGAAAAUUGUUUAUGCUCCUAGAAUACGACCAAUUAUACAUGAUGUAUCCAAAAUUCUUGAAGAAUCUGAUUGGGUCAGAUAUGCUGGUGCAUCAGAUAUCAUUGUUGAAAAUCAUAAUAUUUGCAGUUAUAAAAGUGGAGAAGUUAUUCAACAGGCUGGAAAUAAUCAUAUCUAUGUGCAUAUAAUUGCUUCUGGAAUCAUAAAAGUUUUAUGGUCAAAUCCAGAAUCAUCUUCAUAUCAAAUGUAUAAUCAGCUACCAAACACAGACACUUUCCUAAUAUUUGAGUCAGAAGUACCUAAUGAAGUAUGGGAAUUUUUAAUUACAUCUCAAACUCUUGGUCUUUUGGGGUAUUUACAAAAGACUAAAUCUGUUACUACAGCAAUUUGUGAAAAAGACUGUGAGCUGGUACAAAUCCCUUAUACGUUUUUACAAAGACAUGAAGAAGAAUAUCAACUGACCUAUUCUAUGUGGAGGAUGGUAGCUAUAAAUAUUGCUUCAAUUAUGUUAAAGCACCAACCUCGUUAUAAGGAUUACAGUGAGGAUGAAAUCAAAAUUCGCUUGCAUACAGGUAUAAUGCCAUCAAUACAGAGUGUAAGUAAUUGGAGUGUUCCAGAUGUAAUUGAUGAUAUGGUUCUUAUCCAAGGUAGAGCAAAAGAUUCAACCACAGGUCUCAAAUUUGUUGGACCUGUUUAUAUUCCAAAUACUUGCCGAAAUUUUACUUUGCUUGACAAUGUUGAAAAGAGACCUUUGAUUGUUAUGAUAUUAUUUCCUAAUCCAAAGUAUAGUUUUGACUUGUGUAAACAUUGGACUAAUUUAGAUGAAAUUAAUGCAUCAGGACUAUGUAAAUUACAUAAAACUGAAGUUAAAUCAUUGCCAAGUUUCCAGGUAUCUAUAAAAAAAUAAAGAAAUAUCUUUAUUUAUAAAAUGUGAACAGGAAAUGGAUGUGAAAAGCUAAACUGUGAGAAAGCAUUUCCUGUAAAUUAAUGAAUUCUUCAGUGUGA